GCGUCUUCAGAGGAGCGAGGUGACGCUGGGCAGAAACACUGGCGUAAAGGGCUGUUUCUAAGCACUGAUUGCUCUCACCAUGGAGAGUUCCAACAACACCACAGAAAUCCAAAACUGGAGUGGGAACACGACGCAAGUUAGUGAAGUUGCUCUGAGUUAUCAGAUAGUCGCCUCGCUUUUCCUGGGUGCGUUAAUCCUGUUUGCUGUAUUAGGAAACGCGUGUGUAAUCGCUGCCAUCGCCUUGGAGAGAUCGCUUCAGAAUGUGGCUAAUUAUCUCAUCGGCUCCUUGGCCGUUACAGACCUCAUGGUGUCGGUGCUGGUGCUACCCAUGGCGGCCCUGUAUCAGGUUCUGAACAAAUGGACACUGGGACAGGAGAUGUGCGACAUAUUCAUCUCUCUAGACGUGUUGUGCUGCACAUCUUCCAUCCUGCACCUGUGCGCAAUCGCUUUGGAUAGGUAUUGGGCCAUCACUGAUCCCAUUGACUAUGUGAAUAAAAGGACCCCCAGAAGAGCGGCUAUCUUGAUCAGCCUCACUUGGCUAAUAGGGUUUUCCAUUUCGAUUCCGCCCAUGUUGGGUUGGAGGAAACCAGAGGACCGCGCAAAUCCAGACGCGUGCACAAUCAGCCAAGACCACGGUUACACCAUCUACUCAACUUUUGGGGCUUUUUACAUCCCGCUCAUUCUCAUGCUGGUACUAUACGGGAAGAUAUUCAGGGCGGCGAGGUUUCGCAUCAGAAAAACUGUCAAGAAAUCAGAGAAAGCAAAAAUAUCGGAUAAAUGCCUGAACGUGUCUCCGGCGUUGUUUCCGAGGAAGGGGAACGGCGAGGUUAGCAAAACUUGGCGGCGAAGCGGCGUGGAGCCACAACCCAGCUCGUGCGUAAACGGAACGCUGAAGCAUGCCGAGGACGGGGAAUCGUUCGAGAUUACAGAAGUUCACAACGUCUCCAAACACCACCUCGCCCUGCCUAACAACCCACAGCCGUGCUUCCAGAACAGAAACGAAAAAAACACGGAAGCGAAGCGCAAAGUGGCUCUGGCAAGAGAGCGCAAAACGGUGAAGACACUGGGAAUCAUUAUGGGCACGUUCAUUUUCUGCUGGCUGCCCUUUUUCAUCGUGGCGCUUGUUUUGCCUUUCUGUGAAGGCUGUUACAUGCCAGUGUGGCUGGGGGCGGUCAUUAAUUGGCUUGGAUAUUCCAACUCGCUUUUAAAUCCUAUCAUAUAUGCUUACUUUAAUAAAGACUUCCAAAAUGCGUUUAAGAAAAUUUUGAGAUGCAAAUGUAUCAGACAAUGAACUCUGAGGGACUGUCAUCUCAAGAAAAGUUUUUUCUUUCUUAAAGAGCUGUUUACUGGAUGCUGAUAUGCAGAUGCUGAUUGUGAAAUAACUGGCCAAAUGCAUUCAGUCUGAAGGAAUAGGGGCAGUACUGCACAAGAAGAGGUAGAGUUCUGUCCUUGUGUAUUUGUUUAUCUGUUAAAUUUAUCUGCUUCCACCACAAGACAAUGUGUAUCUUGUCGUUGAAUGGAUUCAGAUGAUUAGACUCUCAAAACACAAUUAUAAAUGGGAUCUGCGUUGUUGCAUUCAACAAUAAAUCCCUGAACAAAUGACUGAUCUGCUUUCUCUGUAUAUUACAAAAUGUACUAUAUGUAAGGGUAAGGCACCUUAAUCUGAGCAAAGAGAAGUUUGUGGGAUUGUAAGCACACGCGCACACACACACACACACACACACACACACACACACACACACACACACACACA